CCUGCUAGGAUCUGCAGAGAAGAAGAUUCAGAAACCAGUGAAACAUCCACAAAAGAAAAGAAAAGAAGAGUAGACAGACACUUGUUCCAUCCAUCCAUGGCUUGCAUCAAUACCUUGCAAAGCUGCUCUAUGUUCAAAGGCGCAGGCAGGAGAGGUAAAGCCAGCGGCGGGAAGGGAUCACCGACCUUCGGGUGCCGGGCGUCGACGUUCAUGGACGGCAACGGACUCCGGCUCGGGCUCGACGAGAACCCCGAUGCGAUCAUCUCUGGCGAGUGGCCUGAGAACUUCUCCCUCUUGAGCUACGAUGAUCUCCGCGCCUACCUCGAGUCACAGCAGCCUGCCCAAAUUAACGAUCAGCAGCGGGUGGCGCUCUUGCGUGAGACCAUGUCGACGCCUGUGCUGGUAGCCACAGCAGAGCAGACGCUGGAGGACGUUGCAUGUCACUUUGAGGCAGUGUCAGGCCUCCCAGUUGUAGACAGCACUCUCCGAUGUAUCGGAGUGGUCGUCAAGAGUGACCGGGCAAGAGCUUCUCAUGGGUCAAAGACAAAGAUUGCAGAAGUGAUGACCUCCCCGGCAAUCACGCUAGCAUCUGAUAAAACAGUGACGGAUGCUGCAGCUGUGAUGCUCAAGAAGAAGAUCCACAGACUACCAAUAGUAAAUAAGGACAAUCAAGUAAUAGGUAUAGUUACUCGUGAUGAUGUUCUUCGCGGGUUGGAGGCCAUGCUGAAGAUUUAGAGGCACAGGAGUCCAUGCUCGACCCUUCUUGUGGAUUUGUAAAUAUGUGUCUAUGGUACUUUUGAGUAGCAGGCAGAUCUGUAAUCUGUAAUGUUGUAGCAUGAACCAAAAUAAGCCUGGAUGUAGGAGAGUUUUUGCUUGUAAAAGAAACAUGCCGGGAAACUUCUGCUCUGCGUUGUAC